AUGUCUGCCAGAUCCUCCAUUCACGACCCGGGCGACCCCAGUCAGCCGCUACUCGCUCAACAGCGGCAACGCAACGGCACAUUCAACUUUCCUAUGCCUUCGUUCGGCAGUCAUCGACGCGUGUCACCUCUGUCGAUACGGCGCGCCUCGCUGCAAGAGGUGCACCCUCACCACGACGAUGUCGAACCAGUACUGCCCGCCGCCCCUGUCGCCGCUCACCACGAGACACGUCUACACAAAGCCCAAUGGGCGCUGAGCGACAGGCCACCCAACACGUGGGCCCAGAUCCGUCACACUUGGCGCGAGGAAUUUGCCGAGUUUUGGGGCACGUUCAUGAUCCUGCUCUUCGGCGCGGGCGUCGAGUGUGAGACGCGGCUGAACUACCGCGGACCUGACAUCCGUGAGAACGCCGGCGACUUCCUGCAGUGCCGGCUGGCGUGGGCAGCUGGAGUCUCGAUGGCCGUGUGGAUUUCCGGUGGUGUUUCGGGGGGCCAUUGCAAUCCGACCGUGACUGUGGUGCUGGCCUUGUUCCGCGGCUUUCCCUGGCGCAAGGUGCCGGGCUUCCUGGCGGCGCAGGUGCUGGGCGCCGCCUUCGCCAGUCUCGCUGUCUACCUCAACUACGCGACCAGCAUUGCCGCGUACGAGGGCGGCACUGCCCGCUCCCUGGUCGGCCGGCACGCCACCGCUGGCCUGUUUUUCACGUUGCCCGCCACCGGUCUGCCCUACGCCGGCGCCUUCUACACUGAGUUCCUUGCCUCGGCUACGCUAGUCGCCAUAGUCUUUGCUCUGGCAGACAAGAACAAUCUGGCACCGCCUAAGGGCACCCAGCCUUUCGCCAUGUUCCUGGCUCUGCUGGCUAUCGGCUCCGCUCUGGGUAUCAACACAGGAUAUGCCAUGAACGGUGCCAGAGACACUGGCCCACGAAUCGCUCUGGCCCUUGUUGGCUACGGCACUGUCGUGUUCACUCACGACUACUUUUAUUGGCUCUGGGCGCCGUGGGUUGCCGCCAUCGCGGGUGGCGUGGCGGGCGCCAGUGUGUACGACGCCUUCAUCUACACUGGAAGAGAUUCGCCUUUCAACAUUCCCCGGAAGGAGGACGACGAGGUGUUGUGA